CUCAAGAAUCUCAGUGUUACGAUACGCAGCGUGACGUCACCGCGCGAUUGUCUGGUCAACAGCUCAGCUGUUGUGGGGCGACCGCGGGAAAAUAUUCCACGUAAUACAUCGGCCGGUUCCAGGGAGGGACUCUGGAUUUACGUGGGAUCCUUGUGGCAGUGUGUCGGAGAAUAUAACGGAAAUAUAUCCGCAUUUGUUCUCAAAUUAUAAGCUAGGGCACACUGAGUUGGGAUAUAGCGGAGGUUUAAAUCUAGGACAUUCUCACGAGAGGAAGGAAAAUGGAGUUGGAUGACGGAGUUGUGUACCAGGACGACCCGGGGACAUCGGCGAUAAUGUCGGAGAGGGUCUCGGGCCUGGCCAACUCCAUCUACCGCGAAUUCGAGAGACUUAUUCGCAAAUACGACGAGGACGUGGUGAAAGAGCUGAUGCCGCUAGUCGUGGCGGUGCUGGAGAACCUCGACACUGUGUUCGCCGAGAACCAGGAGCAUGAAGUGGAGCUGGAGCUCCUGAAGGAGGAUAACGAGCAGCUCAUUACACAGUACGAACGAGAGAAAGCGCUGAGGAAACACGCGGAGGAGAAGUUCAUUGAAUUUGAAGAUUCCCAGGAGCAAGAGAAGAAGGACUUGCAGAACCAUCUGGAAAGCCUGGGAUCACAUUCCCGUCAGCUGGAGCUGAAGAUCAAGAACUAUGCUGAUCAGAUAAGUCGAUUAGAGGAGCGAGAGGCUGAACUCAAGCGAGAGUAUAAUUCCCUUCACCUGCGUCACACAGAGAUGAUCCACAACUACAUGGAACAUGUGGAACGGAUCAGGCUGCAGCAGACAGGAGGAGAGACCUCUGACACGGGAACGCUGGGCCGAGUUCGGAAAGAGCGGCCCUUGUCUCUGGGAGUCUUUCCCAUGUCUGGCGGGAGCACUUCUCUGACACCUGACGUCCAGGGCAGAGCCGAGACUCCUGGGACGGAGGGCUGGAGGUUCAACAAUCUCAGUCAUCAGCGCUCUAACGCCAGCCUCAAGUUGGAAGCAGAGGACGCUCCAAAGAACAGGGAGGGUAAGGAUGUUCUGGAGGCUUGGGAUUCGCUGGCAAACGACUGCAAGGAUGAGCUGUCUGACCUCAGCCAGGGUGGCUCAAAGUCUGUCACUCCCAUGUCCACUACGGCCUCUGACCUGGCCCUGGACUCUCAUCGAGAGGAUGGAGAUGGAUUCUGGAAGAACACAGAGGUUCAGGCUGUUCCCGGGACCAGGAGCGUCUCUGCGGGUCUGGCUGAUAAUGAGGAGAAGUCAGAUGUUCAGGCCAUUAUUGAGUCCACCCCAGAGCUGGACAUGGACCUCGGAUAUAAAGGUGCAAGUACCCCGACCCGAGGGAUUGAGAACAUGGCGUUUGACCGCAACACGGACUCUCUCUUUGAAGAAGUGUCGUCAGCAGGCACAGGUUUGAUUGGAGACGUGGAUGAAGGAGCAGAUCUGUUGGUGGAGUACUCCGUGCAUGCGCUUUCACAUCCGAGUCUUUCCGGCAUGAGUCGUGAGGUGGAGAAUCUUAUUCAGGAAAAUGUUCAAUUGCUUGAGACGAAAAAUGCAUUGAACGUGGUGAAGAAUGAUCUGAUCGCUCGUGUGGAUGAGCUCUCCUGUGAGAAGGAGGUUCUUCAGGGGGAGCUGGAUGCGGUUUUGCUGGCCAAAACCAAACUAGAGGAGAAAAACAAGGAGCUGGAGGAGGAACUCAAAAAAGUGAAAGUGGAGACAGAAGUUGCCAAACAGAACAAUAAUAAAGACGAAGAUGAGAGCGAUGUGCCCACAGCUCAGAGGAGAAGGUUCACGCGGGUGGAGAUGGCUCGAGUCCUGAUGGAACGAAAUCAGUACAAGGAGAGACUGAUGGAGCUGCAGGAGGCCGUCAGGUGGACAGAAAUGAUCCGAGCUUCAAGGGAGAACUCUGAAGUUGCAGAGAAGAAGAGAUCAAGCAUCAGGCAAUUCUUCAGUCGCCUGUUCAGUUCCUCCAGUUCCUCAACAUCCAGCAACACAUCGAGAGGUUUACCGUCCAACGUCAAGUACAACCCACCCAGCAUCAUGAAAAAGAGCAACACCUUCUCCCAGUUUCCCAGAGAAAAAUCCAAAGCAUUCGACUUCCUCAAAGAAGAGGUGGACUCGGGUGGUUCUCUGUCCCGACGGGAACAGAAGCGUGCCCAGUACCAGCAUGUGAAAGCCCACAUGCAGAAAGAGGAUGGCAGGGUGACCGCACAUGGCUGGAGUCUCCCAGGCAAAUGCAAGGUUGCCAAUGGUGGCCAUGCAGAGAACAAAAUAAACCUACCUGUUCCUGUGUGUCUCAAGCCACUGGAGCAGAAAGAUGCUUCUAUGAAGCUCCUGUGUGCAGCUGGAGUGAACCUCUCAGGUGGGCGGUCAUGUGAUGGAGGCUCUGGCAUCUCUGGUGAAGAGUCUACGGUGGAGACUGACACCUCCAAACAGAGGAAAGGCUCUCAGAGCAGCCUAGAUCAGCUGGAGCAGGAACCUAAAGAACGGGAGCAGACGGUGCAUGUGGAGAUGUCCAGUCGUGUUUGGAUCUGUACGAGCACUCACUCCUCCACGAAAGUGAUGGUCAUAGAUGUGACACGGCCUGACGACCUGCUGGACAGCUUCUACGUCUGUAACUCAUGUGUGCUGUGUAUCGCCAGUGUACCAGGGGUCUUGGAGACAGACUAUCCCGCAGGGGAGGAGAUUCCUCAGGACUUGGAGGCGGGACCGGACAGUUUAUUGGCCAGUAGCAGCUCUCAGGGCAGUGAGGGUGUGUUGAGUGACGUGUCAGCGGUGGGCUGCAGCGUUGAAGAGUCCAGCUUAGGAUCUCAGACGGGCAGCACAGGAGUCAACGAACAGUCAGCAGAACAGAGUCCUGCCAGAGGAAGUGAUCUCUCCAGAGCUCCCAGUGAAGACGGGGUCCCUGCAGCAGAGGAGGCUAUGGAGGCCACUGAGGAAGACCAGGAGAGCCCAGGACAGGACACCAGUCAGCCAGGAAUCUACACAGAGCAUGUGUUUACAGACCCACUCGGAACAGAGUCUUCUGGGGCUUCAGCAGGGAAUGAUAACCAAAGGGAGUCUUAUCAGGACAGGGACGAUACAGUCUCAGCAGGUGGCAAGGUGGAUCUGGCAAAAGAAGAGACCCAGCGGAUGAGCAGCGCGCUGCCCACCAUGUGGCUGGGGGCUCAGAACGGCUGUUUAUACGUGCACUCAUCUGUCGCUCGAUGGAGGAAGUGUCUUCAUGCUGUGAAACUGAAGGAUUCCAUCUUGAACAUUGUACAUGUGAAAGGCCGUGUUUUGGUGGCUCUGGCUGACGGUACACUGGCCAUCUUCCACAGAGGUCUUGACAGCCAGUGGGAUUUAACCAACUACCACCUCUUGGACCUCGGCCGGCCACAUCACUCAAUCCGCUGCAUGACCGUUGUGCAUGAUAAAGUGUGGUGCGGCUACAGGAACAAGAUCUAUGUCAUUCAGCCCAGAGCAAUGAAAAUAGAGAAGUCUUUUGACGCCCACCCGCGUAAGGAGAGUCAGGUGCGUCAGCUGGCCUGGGUAGGCGAUGGGAUCUGGGUGUCCAUCCGGCUAGACUCCACCCUCCGCCUCUUCCACGCUCACACCUUCCAGCAUCUCCAGGAUGUGGACAUUGAGCCUUAUGUCAGCAAAAUGUUAGGAACAGGAAAACUGGGCUUCUCUUUUGUGAGAAUCACCGCUCUAAUGGUUUCCUGUAACCGGCUGUGGGUGGGAACAGGAAAUGGUGUCAUCAUAUCCAUCCCAUUAUCAGAUGCUGUAGGUCAGUGUGGAUAUCUAGGUCAGAGGGCAGCUAAUAAGACGGUGGGAGCGAUCGCCUGUCGUCCAGGUGGAGCAGUGCGAGUGUACGGCGAUGACACCAUGGACGGUACUGUGACUGGCUCAUACGUACCGUACUGCUCCAUGGCACACGCUCAGCUCUGCUUCCAUGGCCACAGGGAUGCUGUUAAAUUCUUUGCUACAGUUCCAGGUCAGGUUAUUGUGCCAGGAGCUGAAGGCACGCCUGAGACCUCAGACUCUUCAGCCCCAGAUGGCAAGAGCAUGCUUAUCAUGAGUGGAGGAGAGGGAUACAUCGACUUCAGAAUCGGUGAUGAGGAUGGUGGUUUGGGACGAGAUGAAGAUGAAGAAUCAGCUGAACCUACUUUGAAACUGCAGUCGGCUCCUGCCAAACCUGAGCGCAGUUAUGUCAUAGUCUGGCAGGUUGCGCUAAGCAGUGAGUGACUGAUAAAUCACUGCUGCGGGUUAAACGGAGAACUCUAGAUCAAACCCACAUGGGCUUAUUAUUUUACAACAUACUUUUCUUCUUAUUAAUACAGAUAUUAUUAUUAUUAUUAUUAUUAAUAGUGUUGUUCUUAAUACCUACAUCACAAUAAGUUCUUUAAUAUUUUUUGCUUGGAUGUUUAUUUAAUUUUAUUGUUUUAUAUAAAUCUGGCAUUGACAGAAAAGAGAUAAGUGUUGAAAUGAAGGAAGGAACAAAACAAUGACUUUAAGUCCGUCCACAACUAUAUAGCAACAAUACGAAAAUCCUGUGCUAAAAAGUCUUAACGGUUUACAACAUAUAACUUUAGGGAACUGUUGUAAUGUUAGCUGCUUGAGAUGAUUUUUGUGAGUGUUUUUUUUUUUUUUAUGUUCUUCACAGAAUUGAUCAGAGGUUUCUCUGUGCACUAUGGCAGUGGUAGCAUUGUGUAGUUCAUGUAUAUAGAAACUCAGAGAGCUAUUUUUGCUAUCUGUCUAGCGUAGAUCUCACGAGCGGUAUGUCUCGGCACCUUACAGCAUGGUGUGCGUGUCUGUAUGUGUGUAUUUCUCGCUUGCAUGAGUCCUGUAUCAUUCCUAGACGGAGCCCUGGAGCUCUAGAAAUUUGGGCUUCCGUCAUGCUAGAGCUUGCUGGCACUUUAAAGACAGUACCGAACAUAGACGAACAUAAUCUCUGGAAAGAACAACAUAUGGUAGAGCUGCACAAUUCAAACGAUUUUUUUGUUUCAAAUAGAGAUCACAAUUCUCCCACGAUUCUGAACAGACAACUAAACAAAAUAACGUAAUUUACUAGAGGUUCGGACAAAAUGUUAAUUGCUGCAGUUUAUAUAAAAUGUUUAAUUUAAUUUGAAUUAAUAAUUAAAAAAAAAAUAAAUCAAAAAUUCAGUGACUCACUCAUAAAUACUUCACUUGAUUCAUGAAUGGAUGAAUUUGCGUUUUUGAACGAAUCUCUUGAAUGAAUGAUUUCCAUUUUUUUAACAGUCACUUGUCGCCACCUACUGGUGUAACAAUGUAAUGAAUGAUACAAUCGUUAUUGGAAGCGCCACGUUACUUUCAAAAGGUGAUUUGCACUAUUUUGAUUGCUACCGUAGACAUCAGUGUUUAUAUCCAAACUAUAAACUUUUAUCCCAGUACUUCUGUGAUCAUUUGAAUUAUGGUAAGAGAAAUAACGAUAAUGUGAGGUUAAAAAGACUUUUUGUGAAGCUGUUUAAUACAUAUAUGACAGCUGCUUUUGGCAGCGCCAACGCAGAGCUGAAUGUUCUGGUGUGAUUUUGUCAAAAGUUUAAUAGACAGGCGAUACGCUGUCAUUUGGGAAUAAAGCUUCAUUUACACUACCAGCGACAAAGCAGUGAUCCCUUUCAUUUCAAUGGAGAGCUGUCGAUUUCCGGUGACACAAGUGACAGUGACCGUUAGACAGAAUCGUGUGGGUGUUUGAAUCGAGAUUUCAAUUUUUUAAAAUAUUAAUUGUGCAGCUCUAAUACAUGGUAGUGUUUAUUGUAGAUGAGAUGGUCUGCCCUUUUACCAAAGGAUGAAACGUAGAACAAAUAACACAUACUAAACAGCCUAGUUGUCAAAUAUUUUGCAUUGCCAAGGCUUUUUGAUGUUCUGUGACUCUCUUGAAUGGACAAACAACGGACAAAAUAAUGUUAAUAAAAAAUUGACAGGGAUUGUAUAAUAAAUUAUUUGUAUUUCUUGUGUUGAAUUUAGUUUUGUUUGCUUCAGCACUAAGCAUCCCAGAUAAUUAAUGUGGGUUUUGUCUGUAUUUUAUGUCCCAGGCCUGGGUUCGAGUGUGUUAAGUUUUCUAAUUAUGAGUUUUGUGCUCCUUUUGUAUCUGCUCUGUACGACACUUUUAUUGUACCUUGAUGUCUGUUGAAGCAAAUGCAACAUGAUAUUUGACUUUUUAUGGGGAAAUGGGUCGGUUUUGGGCUUUUUGUUUCUUUUAAAUUCUGACACAUAAAGGGAAUCUUUAUAUCCUUGUCGUCACCAUUCCAAGUAUUUAUUUUUCAUAAUGAACUUUGUGGUUCAGAAUGUAACUUUUUACAUGUUUGUGAACAAGGACGUUAUUUUGCUUUACGUCAGACACCUUUCUGAAGCGAUGUUGUCAUGUUUAAGGAACUGACUAAUAUAAUGUUGACAGUAUUAGACAGCGUAUGACGUAUAACCUCUGUGGAUCGUUCGAAAAUCAACGUUUAUUGUACUGAGCUAUGCAUGUUUUUUUUUUUGUUUUUGUUUUUUUAUAAGUAUACUGCAGUUUGUUCAUGUUUGUUUGUUUAUAGCCACAUUUUUGGGUGGCUGUGUGUAAAUGUGUGAGUGUGUGGAGAUGAUUGAGAAAUACUGCAUUUGUGUGUGUGGAAGUGUGUGUGUGUGUGUGUUUAGUCGCUAUAUCCCUUAACUCUUACUGGACUUGCUGUGUGUGCCACAGCUUGUCAUUACUGUGUUUUUUUUGUCAAAAGUUUGCUAAAACUGCAUCAUAGCCUUAUUUUUAAACUCUAUUAAACUCAAUUUCAUGGGGAA